CCUGAAUACUGGGUUUUCCGUAACGCACGCUCUGCAUUAUUCAAGAAAAACGGACAAUACGAAGAAAGUCUUAACUGCCAAUUCACCAAUACUCUCUUGAACUGCCUUGAUAGUAACUUUGAAUGUAUGGGGCAAAACACUUAUAUCGCUUUCGGAGCUUCUAAUAGCACAGAAGCUAUUGACUACUGGACUGAUCUUCUCAUAAAUCAGUACCAAUGUACAUCG